CCAAGAUCAAUUGAAUGGUGACACGCCUUCACAAGAAGUUUCGCAGACACAAAUCGAAAACCCAACGCAGGAUGUUGAAAUGGAGGAAACACCAAACCCCACUUCCUCAGUUCCUGAAGAAAAGAUCGCGGAGGAAUCUAGUAAUGUUGCAGAAAUGAGACAGCCAGCACGUUACCAAACUUGGAGUUGAUGUUGAAUUGCUGUUGUAACCAUAGCCUGCAUGGUUACUGGUAGGAAUUGCCUAAGAAUAGUUUACUCGGUGUUCGAAUAUGUGUUUUGAUGUAAAUUUAAUGUACCUUCAGAAAUUCAGAUGAUUUGAAGAGAAGUUUCAAUGGGGUGUCCCAUUCUUACUAUUGAAUUUUCCGAUUGCACACAAUUUAUCGUUUCAAUUUCAACUUUUCCCGGAAAAAUUCAUUUAAAGUGCUCAAAAACGAAAAAUGAUUGUGAGGAUUUGAUUUUAAUUUUUAUUUGAGCAUUGGGCAAUGUUGACAACAUAUUUGUUAUGUUUGUAAAUAAAUUAAGAUGGCUUAGAGAGAAUCUCUAGCUUUUAUUUGGUAAUGAAGACAUGAAAUAAUUCUUUGACAGUUGUAAGUGCCCACCAUCAUUGAGUUUGCAUUUAUUGUAUAGUCCAAGUUGAGGAGAAUUCCACACUGGAUUUCAGUUCUCAAUUCUGCAUUUCUCGCUAAAAAAGCAGUAGUUUAGUAGUGAAAAUGGGAAUCCCCAUUACUUCCAUUGAUACGAAUAGUUUAGUACAAACACAUAUUUGUGAAACGGAGUCCAUUAGGAUGAAAUCCCAUUAUUGAGACAUCUCUAUUUUCUCUUUGUGUUUCCAGAUACAUACUAUUAGUUGCUCCCGUUCAGAAUAUCUAACUAGUGCCUUGUCAACCUCUGCAGGACACAAGAGUUGCUGAAAGUUUUUCGUUAUUUAGAGAGUAGAUAAUCUACCUCUCUUUUCUUCAAAUCUGAGAGCCAACAUUUUGAAAAUGAUGUGAAUGUAUGUUCUUUUAAUACAUCUUUGAUCGUUAUAGAUCAAAGGCUGCUAUUUGAAUGAUUGAUCAAUUUAUUGCGAAUAAAGGGGGCCCAUAAACAUGUCCUAAAAAUGUGACAGUUUUCAUGCACUCGGUUAAUUUAUAAACGUUGUUAUAAUCAAUACAUCAUCGUGUUUUACAGAAUAUGGUUGUGUAUUUUACGAAGAAAAUUUGGAAGAAAACUGCAAAUUCAUGAUUUUUUUUUUUUUAAUUUGAGUUAAAUGAAAAGUUAUUGAACGUUAACUCGUGUGGGAGUUGCUCAAUCCUGGAUUUUGUUUGUCUAAAUUUCAGAUUUAACGAGAAAUUGUUCCACAUCUCAGCGUCAUGGUGUACUGCGAUCCUUAACUGGACAAGUUGGACAGUAGCAAUUCGCACGAAUGAAACGAGCCAGUAGUUGGAUAUCCAUCUAAAUUAUUCCGAUGUUAUUCGAAACUGUUCGAUCAGAAAGCUGGUGGUGUUUAUUGUGGGAAAUGCUUUUAUAUUUUUUUAUGAUUUUAGGAAUUUCCUGAUGACCUUCAUGUUUUUUAUCAUAUUUUUGGUGGAUCAUUUCCUUUUAUUUAUAGGUUCAGUGAGUAGAGAAGACUUCGGAUUUUGCCGGUUUUACUUCAGCGGAAGAAAAAUGUAAUUUUCCCGAUCAACAUACGAAAAAUUCCCUUUCAUAUUUUGGAGUUCUUUACUUUGUGUCUGAAUUUUCACACUGUGCGGAUCUCCUAUUAAUCGUUUCUCUUGAAAAAAGUUGUUAUGUUACAGUGAUGAGUUGCACUAAAAUACUUUCUUAGGAGUUUUCACAUUUGCCUUCAUUGUAAACAAUAAUAAAUCAGUGAGCUGAUACCAAGCAAUAUCUACACUGUAACAGGUUUUCAUUUGUACUCUGGCACAGAAGAAGUUAUUCAAAAUUCUUGAAUUGAAUUCAUUGUUUUUUGUUUAUCGAUUUGCCACACGAUAAGAGAAUGAAAAAAAUUUGGUGUUUUAAUAUCGAAGAUAUCCUUUUAAUUCAUUCAUGAAUUAAUAAAAUUUUCUCAGUGGAAAUUUUAUUCCAACAGCUUUAUAACAUCUUCUGAUGCCAUUUCUUCAGGUAGACACUUUGAAAUCUCGAUGAAACGAAUAUACUUAAACGACACAUUCUGGAUGAUUUUUUUAAAGGCUGAUGUUUGUUUUAGAUGGGACACAGGGUGUGGAAUAUAUCUAUGAUAUCAAUCAAACCGGUGAAGUAGUUACAGGUCCAGGUGCCAGAAGUAACUCAAUCGCUGGAAUUUUGGGUGGCACACUGCCAAAGUUGUCAUCGGAUCAAUCUGACUCUGUUAACAAGGCUAAAAAAUACGCUAUGGAACAGAGCAUUCGAAUGGUCCUUAUGAAGCAGACUUUAGCUCAUCAGCAACAGCAAAUGGCUAGUCAGAGGACCCAAGUACAGCGUCAGCAGGCUCUCGCCCUCAUGUGCAGGGUCUACGUGGGCAGCAUCAGCUUCGAGCUGAAAGAGGACACCAUCAGGCAGUCCUUCCUGCCGUUUGGACCGAUCAAGUCGAUCAACAUGUCCUGGGACCCGGUCACGCAGAAGCACAAGGGUUUCGCGUUCGUCGAAUACGAGAUACCGGAGGCUGCGCAUCUGGCGUUGGAGCAGAUGAACGGCGUUAUGAUAGGGGGUAGGAACAUCAAGGUGGUCGGGAGACCUAGCAACAUGCCCCAGGCCCAGACCGUUAUCGACGAGAUACAGGAGGAGGCCAAAUUGUACAAUCGUAUUUAUGUCUCGUCCAUUCAUCCGGACCUGACCGAAGAUGACAUUAAGAGCGUGUUCGAGGCGUUCGGACCGAUCACCUUCUGCAAAUUGGCCCAGGGGAGUACCGGGCACAAGCACAAGGGCUACGGCUUCAUCGAGUACGAAACGCUGCAGGCGGCCAACGAGGCCAUAUCCAGCAUGAACCUCUUCGACCUCGGGGGACAGUACCUGCGCGUCGGCCGGGCCAUAACCCCGCCCAACAGGGCGUUGGGACCGUCCGCAGGCGCGGGAGCCAUGCCGACGGCCGCGGCCGUGGCCGCCGCGGCCGCCACGGCCAAGAUACAGGCGAUGGACGCCGUGGCCAGCAACGCGGUCGCGCUGGGACUGAAGUUGAACCCGCCCGCCGUCACGACGGCCAUACCGGCCGUCGUACCGCCGCCUGGCAUCGCCAUUCCCACCGUUCCCGGUGUCCCCGCUGCCUUACCGGGCGUCGCCAUACCAACAGUGCCGAACGCGACGAUAGGACCUCCGGUCAUAGCGGUCCCGACCAUCGGGGCCCCGGGCGUCGCCGUACCCACCAUAGCGACCCCGGUCGCGGCCGUAUCCGGCGUGGUCACCCCCGCGGUGGUGCCAGUGAUCCCGCCCCCCGGCGUUGCCAUACCGCAAUUCCCGAACGUCAUCCAGCCCACCAUCGUAACGCCGGUUGUCAGUACCAUACCCCAGGCGAUCAUACCGCCCCCUACGGUCGUGACCCUGGCCCCGCCCACCAUGCCGAUCACGACGCCCGCGCAGGACGCGCUGAAGCGGGCGCAGGAGGCGCAGUUGAAACAGCAGGAGGAGCUGCAGAAGAAGCUGCUCGAUCAGAACGAGCCGCAGACGCUGCAGCAGCAGGAGAACAUGUCGAUAAAGGGCCAGAACGCCAGGCACCUGGUCAUGCAGAAGCUGAUGCGCAAGGUCGACUCGAGGGUCGUCAUACUUAGGAAUAUGGUGGGGCCGGACGAGGUGGACGAGACUCUGGAGGAGGAAAUUCAGGAGGAGUGCAGCAAGUACGGGGCGGUUGAGAGGGUGGUUGUUUAUAACGAGCAACAGUCCGAAGGCGACGAGGACGAUGUCAUUGUCAAGAUUUUCGUGGAGUUUCUCGCGACAAAAGAGGCUGAAGCUGCAAGGGACGCUUUGAACGGAAGGUAUUUUGGUGGUAGAAUGGUUAGAGCAUCCCUUUACGAUCAAACGUUAUACGAUCACAGCGAUUUUUCUGGAUAGGGCGAAUGAACAUUUCGAAGUACGCUAACUUUCUACUGUGUAGGAUGUGAAAUGUUGAAGAAUUAGUAUAAGAUGAAAAUAUUAUUUGCUAAUUCUGUUUAUAUAAAGCUCAGCUUCUUUUCUUUAGUUUUGUAUAUAAAAUUGUAAAUAUUCCGACUUUGGCAAGAAAAUUUCAAUGAUAUUCCUGAAUCGAAGCAGCAACUGUAAAAUAUUUUAAUAAAUUUUUUUUUCAAAUA